AUGACUUCCAGCCAAAAACGCACCUCCGCCGCCCCAUCCUCCCCAGUCACGAGCCGAUCGUUCCUGUCCCGCCUCAAGUCGCCCUUGUCCUCCAAGUCGCGCAACUACACCGAGUUCUACAUCCAGUCCGACGACCCACAUCGCCACUACGCGCCUGGCGACGUCAUCAGCGGAACCGUCAUCAUCAAGAUCGUCAAGCCGCUGCGCAUUACCCACCUGGUCGUGUCGCUGCACGGCUAUGCCCAAGUCUUCAAGAACCCAAAUGCGCCCGGCGACGCCUACAAAAACUACUCGUCGACGGUGGGCUCCGGCAAGGGAAGCAAGAGCGGCAGCUACUUUGGCAAUGGCUUCGUGUCCUUGUUUGAGGACGAGGUAGUCCUGUGCGGCGAGGGCAGGUUGUCCGAAGGCAUAUACCACUUUAACUUUGAGCUUGAGUUCCCUUCCAAGGGUUUGCCCAGCAGCAUCGACUUUGAGCGCGGAACCAUAUCCUACAUGCUCACUGCCACACUAACCCGCCCCACUACCAUUUCUCCAACUGCUUCGUGUGACACCAAGGUCUACCUCACCGACACUAUUGACAUUGCGCCGGUUCCGCAACUGAAACCCCGAGUCAUAUCGCUCGAACCCAUAUCCCGGAGGACGCGCAACAAGUCGCGAAAACAGCCAGUCGAGGGAGCACCGCAAACACCCAACGGCACCAACCCCGGGCCACCCGCAUCUACCUUGGACUCAGGCUUGGCCGACGACCCCGACGGCCCUCGGAGUCCUUCGGCAAGCGACGUGAGUUACGGAAGCCAGAGAAGCAACGGAAACGCUUCUGGGACCGAAUACGGUAUUCGCUCCAUCAACACUGUUACAGACGGAUCAGCCUCGCAGAGUGGGGCCCGAACAGCCCCCAAGGGCAAAACCAUCACAGCCACCAUUGAUGUACUCAAGGGAGGAUUCCUUCGAGGCGACCAAAUACCAAUCAAAAUCACCGUCAACCACACAAAACACAUUCGAAGCCUGAAAGGCAUCAUCAUUACCCUGUAUCGCCUCGCAAGAGUCGACAUGCACCCUGCGCUGCCCGUUGCUCCCAACAGCAAGGGCGACAAGACCAAGUCGGAAGAGUACUACCCAAA